GUACACAUCAUCCUUGUGUACAAAUCGGGAAGUCUUGCACUUGCAAAUGCGUCCGAGACACAGAAGAAGCAGAUGACAUCGCCGUUUCCGUUUGAGUAUACAAGCUAGGACAGACUAACUGUGUUGGUCACCAGUGUCCUGGGAUGCCCUUGAGGGCAAGACCUGCAAGACAAGCUUCUUUUCGUGCAGCUGCUUCUCCUGCUUCUGUGGCUGGCGCUAGUGCGAUGUCUUGGUCCAGCAGUUUUAUAUGAUCUCAUGGCAUCCAAGAUGUCAAGGAGGAGUUUCUCCUUCGAGCUUCUGGCGAACAACAGUCCUGGAGAUGGAGAUUCUGCGAAUCUAUAUGGCAGUGAUUUCAUGGGUGACGAAAAGAGUGAUAAACCUCGCCGCCGGCGCCGGAAGAAUAGAAGCAGAAAAACCAGCGUUGGUGAUUUGAGUCCCAUAUCACCAAUUCCAGAUGAAUCAGGGAGUCAUUUGAGCACUUUGAACAGCAGCCUAUUGCCUCCCCUACCAUACUCCGUUGAUUCUUUUGCGUAUCCCUCAGACUGGCCGCUGGGAAUUUCUCCGACUGAAUCAUCCCCGUCUGUUUCUGCCGAGUCCCCUAGUGUUCCUCUUCUGAUCACCUCGCGGUCAUUGGAGCGCGAGCCAUCCAGCUUGGGAGUUGUCAGAGAAUACAGAUCUGGUUCUUCUGCUGGAUGGGACCACCGGGAUUCCAAUCAAUUGGACUCUUUAAAACUCUUCGCCUCAACAGGAUCAGAAUUAUCAUGUCACGCUGCUAAAGACGAUUCUAGGUUAAGGGAGACUCUGGAAGAGACUUUAGGCAACAUCAAGGAGGGAAGUGUGACAGAUUCAGUAGUAUACACAGUCGAUAAGGUAGCUCGCGUUCAAGGGGCGUCAGAGAGGUCUCUUCUUAAAAGUCCGAGCUUUAGGGAAAACUUAUCGUCAGGAGUACCAGAUUUUUCUGCAGCCAAUGGCGGCAUAGUAGAGCCGAGUUUUGCUCCUGGUGCAUUAUUCCCACCAACAGAAUUGAGGCAGCGACUUGUAGAGAGAAGCGUCUCUAAGCACAAUGAUGAUAAUUGUGUAGAAGACAUGCCGACAGUUGUGAAUUCCAAGCAGCGUUCACUAAUAGAUUCUAACCUCGGUACAUCUAGUGAUGAGCAUGCCACCCCCCCUCCACAGAAAAUUCGACUCGGAACUUUCGCCACUCCACAGUUGAAAGAUUGGGAGCGUCUAAUGGCUGCCAACAAUCAUCCUCCACCUGUGGAAUUAUCUCCGCUGCAGUAUAUCCGCGGAGAAGUCUUCGGUGGGAGCACUUUGAGAAACACAAAUGCUGCUGGUAGCGACCAGAGGAGAGAGCAGGUUUACAACACGAUGUUUCACGUGCCUUGGCGAUGUGAACUGCUUAUAGACGUUGGAUUCUUCGUUUGCUUGGAUGCUUUCCUCUCGCUGUUCACCGUGAUACCGGCAAGGAUCAUCAUGUACUUUUGGCACCAUAUACGAAAUUUAUUCAAGCGCAGGCAGUUUCAAAGACCGGUGGCAGCAGAGCUUUGCGAUUUCGGAUGUUUGAUUGUGCUUGUGGUUGGAGUAGCAGUUCUCAGGCAAGCAGAUAUAAGUAUCAUCUACCACUGGAUUCGAUGCCAAGGCAUUGUCAAGCUUUAUGUCAUUUUCAAUGUUCUGGAGAUUUUUGACAAACUUUGUCAAUCUUUCGGAGCAGAUGUACUGCAGGUCCUGUUCAACUCUGCGAUGUCUGUUGAGAGUUGCCGUGAUGAGAAUCUGUCAGUUGAGAUUGCACGCUUCGCUCUGGAUCAAUGCAUAGCUAUCUUCACUUACCUGAUACAUGCACUUAUUAUCAUAUCACAAGCUGUUACAUUGUCUGCUGCGGUCAACGCUCAAAACAAUGCACUUCUUACGCUUUUAAUAUCCAACAACUUUGCGGAGAUCAAAAGCAAUGUCUUCAAGCGCAUGGGCACGGACCAGUUGCAUAAAAUGGCCUAUCACGAUACAGUGGAGCGAUUUCACAUCCUGACACAUGUUUUGUUUGUGUGGGCACAAAAUGUGGAAAAUGCUGAAGAAUCAUUGUGGCUCAAAUUUUUCUAUAAUGCAGGCAUGGUGUUCUUUUGUGAAAUGAUAGUGGAUGUCAUCAAGCACUCAUUUCUUGCAAAGUUCAAUGAAGUGAAACCGGCCACUUACUCUCAGUUUCUGCAGGCGCUCUGCACGCAGACUUUGAGCAGUCAGUCUCAUGAAGUUCACAAGACUAUGGCCUUCGUUCCUCUUGCACCUGCGUGCGUGGUGAUGAGAAUCCUGUUUCCUGUGUAUGCGUCAUGCAUCCCCGAAGGACCCUUUUGGUGGAAAUGGCCCGUUAUGAUGCUUUUAGGCGGCGGUACAUAUGCUGCUCUGUUCCUCUUGAAAAUCGUCAUUGGUUUGAGUUUACAAAUACACGCUAGAUGGUAUUUGAAACGCCAUCCUUGGAAAGCAUCUCAUCCACAUCAUGAAUGACACUGUUGCCACAUUAUGAAUGACUCCACCAUCUUUUUACGAAGUGGAUGAAUCAAAAGCUAGAUUUAAUCUAUUGUAUCACAUACAUUGUAGUUGGUUAUAAAUGUGGGCCUCUUGUUUACGAGAACAUUUGAUAAUCAACUAUCGGAUCUUAGUUACAAGUAGGAGUUACAUUUAGCCGUUGGUAGUUCAAUAAUUUUGAGUGAAAUUGAGUUAUUGAUAGAAUGUUAACACAAGCUACCAGGUGUAAUUAGCUUGUAUAAGCUCAUAUCCCAUUUCUUCGGAUGCCUGAAAAAUUACCAGGCCGAGAUGAGUAUCAUGACCGUAUGUGUUGAUAAUAUUCUGACUCCGAACGAGAAAUCUGGACUCGAUAUUGAGAGCCAGCAGUUGAGAAAGUGCGCAUGUGCAGCUUUGUGAAGAAAACGGAAGUUUAGUUCGUGCUGUGGAUUGAUGAGCCCAGCUCUUGUCAUCAAUGAUGUUGAUAUAUGCCAAUUGUUUUAGCUCAAAAUGUCCCUGCAUGUGGAGAAGACAAAGUAAAUGUGUGUCG